AUGCCUCCCCUACAAACUGUGAAAGAACUCCAAAGCUUCAUGAAAAAGGUAAACUAUAUCCGACGUUUUAUACCUGGUUUGGCCCAACUUAUCGUUGCAUUCACUCCCCUAUUGAAGAAGGGAGCAAGCUUCAUUUGGAGUACAAAGCAACAAGAAGCAUUUCGGAAGAUCCAGCAAAUAUUGUCGUCACCCGAAAAUAUUAUCGACACUGCUGUCGGGGCCCUCCUUUCUCAGGAAGAUGAUGAGGGGAUUGAACAUCCUAUAUACUACUUCAGCCGUAUACUGAGAGAUGCUGAACUCAGGUACCCCAGAGUAGAGAAAGCAUGCUUAGCUCUAGUUCACGCCGUGCAGAAAUUCAGACAUUAUCUAAUGUCGAAUAAGGUGGUGUUAAUAUCCAGAGCUGACCCUAUCAAGUUCUUAUUCUCGAAACCAUCUUUGAUAGGCAGGCCAGCCAAAUGGUUGCUUCAAACGUCAAAGUUUGAUAUAACAUGCGCUCCUCCAAGAGCUAUCAAAGGGAAAGCGGUGACAGAUCUUAUAGAAGCAUUCCCAAGAGAAGGAACCACCGCGCUACAUGAAGACCUUUCCGGAGAGUUUCCCAAAAUCUCUUUUAUCGAAGAAGAAGCGUGGAUAUUGUAUUUCGACGCAUCUGCUACGCCUAGAAAUAAUACUGGAGGAGUGGGCGUAGUUCUAGUGUCCCCAACGGGCGAGGUCUUUUCAUAUUCUUUCAAGUUAGACUUUCAGUGCACCAAAAGUUCGGCAGAAUACGAAGCUUUCCUCAUAGGAUUGUCACUAGACAAACGAGCAGGAGCCACGCGCCUGGAAGUAAGACGUGACUCUAAGCUGCCGGUCAAUCAGAUGAACGGGGUCUACUCACUCAAGGAAGUAACGCUAACCCCUUAUAGAUCCGAGGCGCAAAAUCUAUUGAACUACUUUGCUGACGUGAACAUAACCCAUAUUGGCCGCAAUAACAACAAAAACAUCGAUUGCCUAGCCACAUUGGCCUCGAAGCUGCAAUUUGAAGGUUUGGAAGAAACUUUGAUUGUGAAGAGACGGAAUGUAGCGUCGACAUGGCUUGCAGAAUCUAAAGAUGCUGAAACUGACGACUGGAGGACUCCAAUCGUUCAAGAGCUAAACAGUUCACUCUCCCAAGGAAAGGUCAGUCUCAAAACCCUGCAAAGCUUUUUCAUGCUUCACGGAGUGUUGUACCUCCGGAAUCCAGAUGGGUCUCUGUCGAGAUGUCUCAGAGACGAGGAAGCGUAA